UUCUUUCUUAUUGGUUACUUUUUCAAGAGACGAGUCGGCAGUCGGAUCGUUUUUUGAGCUGUUUGUGUUUUUAUAAUUGAGGUUUGGUUUUAAGGUUGGUAUAUAUAUCAUUACACAAAAUUCGUGAUUCGCGAUUCGUGACUUCAAUUUUGAUAUAUAUGCAACUAGUUUUAAUUAAAUAUUUUCAAUUAAUUCUGGAACUUGCUAAAAGUGUUUUAUUAAGGAUUUUUCACUUCGUUUUCUACUCGGAAAAACUUUAAAAAGCCUCCAUUUUUGCUUGUUUCAAGAAAUAAAAUUUCUAAGAUAUCUCCAGAAAUUGAAUGCAAAACAAUGUUGCCUUCAAAUAUACGCGAGUUGUCUGGAGUAACUGAUAUAAGAGAACCUCCAUCACAUGAUGAUGAAGAGGAGCGUCAUUUGGCUUGUAGCCGCACGGUAUCCAAGGAAGACUUGAUGACUGAAAAUGAAAAUAUAAAUAAAUGUUUGGAAAUUCACCAGAAAAAUCAAAUCAGUCGUGAUAAUGCAUGGUCAAUAUCAGUUAUUCAAACAUUUUCUGAUUGGCUUGAGCAUAACCACAAUUUUUUGAAUAACUUUAAAGUUGCUUGCCCUUUGCUAGAAGCUUCAUCAAAGGUUUACGAUUUACGUGUAGAGUCUGUAUACAGUGACGUUGUGCGUUUUUCCGCAGGUUUAGCUGCAACUCUACCGGACAUAAAGGCUGAUCCACAUAAACCAAAAAAACGGAUUCGGCGUCCAACAAGCACAGUUACCAUAAAUAAACACACUUUAAACGGUUUAUUGGAAACUGUUCCAAUGGAUGAUGCCAUAUUUGGCAGACUUAGUAAAGUUCAUGGGUUAACAAAGACACCAAAAAAUUUAAUGAACAACUUUUUACUGACAAAUGAUUUAAAUUUACAAUUGGAUGCAAAUUUUGGUUAUUGGGCGGCGUCCGAUAAAGAAAUCGAUUAUACAUUAGAAGUGGAAGAUGAUGCUGCUCAAUCUGAUGUUCCUGCAAAUAUAUUUGAGGAAAUAUUACAUAUAGACCUUAAAAAUGGCGAUUUAGUGGAAACUAAAGAAGAAGCAAUAUAUAGUGAUUUACAUAUUAGAUCACUAUAUACUGGUUACACAAUAACCAGUAAAAUUGAAAAAAAAUCUUCACAAAAUUUGACACCAUCAGAAAUAGAUGUAAAAUUUGAUAUGGAUGCUGAAUGUGAGCCAGUAUGUCUUGAUCCCGAAAAAUCUUUGUUAGAUAUUGAUUUUUCUGAACACGAUGCCUUAACAUUAGAGGAAGUAACUGCAAUAAAUAGAUGUCAAGGUUUACGCCGUUCAGUUGAAAUUAUAAAGGACUUACGCUCUAUCGAUUCAUCCAACUUGGAAUAUUCCUAUUUUCCAUUAAAUAAAAUUUUAGGGUUUUGGGCUGGUCCUUCCCAUUGGAAGUUCAAACCACUUUGUCCAAGUCAGUCGAGGAAUACUCAAAAUGGUGGACUAAUAAAUCAACGGACACAACGUACACAAGUGGUUAAGGCACGUUCAAAACCCCUUAUAUUUGGAGUAGACGUAGACGAGAGUUUGUAUCUGCCUAAUGAGAGGGCCACAAAUCAACAACGGCGUAAUAAUGUAUACAAAAAGUGGGAUGACCGCAAAUUAAAAUUACCUACUGACUUACAUAUUAAAAAAAAUACAUUAAUGCGAAGCUGGCUCGCACCUAAAGGUUAUGGCACGCAAAAUUCAAAACUGGCUAAAACGAUGGCCAACGAAUCGGCUGGUAAUAUUGCGAAUUCCGUUAAUCACCUUGAUGAUGAUAUAGUCUCAGGUGUCGAUUCUAAAUCGGAGGAAUGCAAUGAUACGAUUUUGGAAAUUACUACAGAUUUGGAUGGAGCGCCUCCUCAAGUAACAAAGGUUGUUGUUCCAUUUGCCAAACAUGACCGUCGCAUUGAUAUGAAGAACUUAAAAGCAAGCUGCAAAUCACUGCUGGACUUACAAUUUGAAGUGAGUGCAAAAGAAGAAGAAGAUGGUAUAGCAUCAUUUAAAAAAAUGUAUUCUUCGUUGCCUGACGUGGUUUCGGAACCAAAUGCAUCGUCCUUAACACCUAUCACGUCAUUUUAUUCCCUACUACAUGUAGCCAAUGAAAACAGUUUCCGAUUAUCAGAAGUCAAAGAUUCUGACGAUAUUAUUAUUAGAAAAAUAAAAACGGAACCACAAAAGGAAGAUGACCUUCCAUCAAAUUUUUAA